AUGGCUCCCUCCCAUACUCUCCCUGCGCUGCACCACGCUCUCUCGCGCCUCUCAGUGACCAAGCCUCGGAUCAUCUCCUCGCCUCCGACGCAACCGCGUCGCGCCUCUGUAGCUCUCAUCCUUCGUAUUCGGCCCCACGUAGACGAUGAAGAGUAUCUUUCACAACACCAGAGGAGAUCCCGGUCGAGGAGGUCCUCCAUCGCCUCGUCCUCUUCCAGAAGCGGAGCAGCCGGAAAGACGUCUACACAACGGACUCUUUCCUCAUUCUUCUCUCUUCCAUGGGUGCAAAGAGGUGUCCCGGAGAUUCUGUACAUCAAGCGAGCCACAAGAGCUACAGACAAGUGGUCUGCUCAUGUCGCCUUUCCUGGCGGAAGGAGAGAUGAGACUGAUGAGGAUGCGCUCUAUACGGCUAUGAGGGAGACAUGGGAGGAGGUGGGACUAGACUUGGCUGAUAGAGACUUCCUCAAAAUUGGACAAUUAGAUGAUAGAGAGAUCACCAGCAGUCUUGGAAAGCGUCUGCUAAUGGUUCUGAGUCCCUUCGUCUUUCUGCAAACGACACCUUUUUCUCACCACCCCGAGCUCCAACCGACCGAGGUAGCCUCAGCUCACUGGGUCUCUCUUGCGCAUCUCUACACACCCAAGCCGAGGUGGGGCACGGUAUCCAUUGAUAUCGCCACUCGGUUAGCUCCCAAGAGCAGCGGUAUUCGGUUCCUGCUCAAGGGCUUGCUCGGCAAGAUGGACUUCAGGUGUGUGCUCCUACCGAAUGAUCCCUGGGCUAUAGCCGACGAGGAUGAUGAUACAGCAAGUGGAGACUCUGACGGACCGCAAGGGGUGGAGAGAGCAAGACGAAAGAGAGAGGUCAGGACGGAAGCCGUGAAGUCGGUCAAGGAUGGCAGCGACCUGCAACUCUGGGGCUUGACGUUGGGAAUGACAAUCGAUCUUCUGGCGCACAUGUCCACAUUCCCAUCGGCUCCAUCCAAGUCAUCAUCAGCUCAGCCCGUCAGCUUGCAGUCCAUCCUUCACACUACGCCUUCGCAACUGCCUUCGCUCUUUCGCAAGGUUGCGGUCCGCAUGAGGGACGAGCUCCAUCUCAAUCCUCCUCCUAUGGCGGAUGCUAAAGCGCCUAGCCUUACCAGCGUAUACCCCCGCUUUAGCAAUACCGACGUCAAUUUCUGGAUCUGGGUCUUUGGAGCUCGAUAUCGAUAUAUUGUCCGGUCAUGGGCAUCCUCCCUAGGUGGUCCAUCGGAGAGGACGUACAACUGGUCAGGUCUGGCCCUAGGCGCAUUUUAUACCGCCGUGCGCAGAGCCCUCAUCGUGGCCAUUGCACUGAGAGCCCUGGGGGCAUUGGGCAUGGCUACCCUGGCCGUCUGGCUCGGCAGAAGGAGGGUGAUCAGGGCGCGUAGAGGUCUGCCGGGCUUGGGACUGGACGAAGUUCUCAGAGCCUGAUGGGUCUCGAAAUAGAGUUGGAGUAGCGCAACGGAGGGCGUCGUGUACUUCAUGAACCUUUCGCACCUUCACGCGACUCAGCAAGACGUGCGAGGUCUGGCGCUUGCACUGUGAAAGUGAUUCCUAUCCACGUGGCUGUCUGUACCACAGUCCUAGCGAGAGGCCUACACCUCUCCUCACUGGCGAGGCAAAGAGAGGACGUUUCGUUGUCCCGGCGGUAGACCAGUCUGUACAGUUGUAUUUUCCCCACGCCAACUCAUCGCUCACGAAGUUGCUCUCCUCGACAGAGGCUUGGCCUGGAGCCGCCACCAUUUCUUGCUCUUUUAGUCAUGCCAUCUCCUUUACUCGCUGAGUCUUCAAAAAUUUUCUGGCCUCGCUUCUGGUCCGCCGGCGAGG